AUGUCUAAUAUUUCUUACUGCGUUACUCAGGGUCAUGUAUCACACCUUAAGCUGGACUGGGGAGUUUUUGUUUCUUCAAGUAUACCGAGCGGGGGAUUUCCAUUGUUUUCUUUUAUUUCUCUUUCCAGCACUUUUAGAACUUCUUGUGGCAUUGCUUGGGUGCACAAGGACAUUACAAGACUUGUGGCUUUUCUGUAUUUUAACUGUUCUAUUAUUUCGGUAUUAUUUUGUUGUAAUAGAAAAGAGCAUUGAAAUGCGAUGAUCCGCUGCGUGCUUGGUAAAUGAUAGGAAUUGAUGUCUAUCCAAAUUAAUGCUAGAGGGCUAUAUAUACCGCCUCUAAAUCUUGAGUUCCGAACAAAAAGAGACUCACGGUAGAGCGUCCAAGUAGAUUAAUGUACCCACAAACACAAACAAUUCGACAACUCGUAGUGAGACGUGGAGAAAUUGUGAGCUACGUUAACUUGAUUGAUAUAGCUACUUUCAAAGUCGUGGAUCAAAUUGAGGGUUAUUGGAAAUUCUCCAUUUCUCAGCCAACCUAUUGCCUACCUCCCUCCCCCCAGCAAAAUCAAGAUCUGCACGCAGAACACAUGAAAGCCACCACACCCGAAAGCAGUCAAUACUGAAAACAGUACCCCGUAAUUCCCGCUUAAGGUAAAGCUUGCUUUGCCAUUUCUUUCCAGGGGAGCGGUAACGCAAUGCAAUGAGAGGGGGGACGUUGUGCAUCCUUUGUCCGCCGCGUGGCAUAAUUAAUCUACCCGCUACUACUACACGGGGGGUUGGCUGCUACUUAGUGUAGCGAGGUGCGAACGAAGCCACUCCCAACAAUAACAACAACAACGACAUGUCUUCAAAAACAUUGGACCCGAGUCUCGUACCAGCCGGCACGCCGCCUCCUGGCGUGGCAGCGAAUCUCAUCGCCCCGCCAAGUCUCGCGAGCGCCGUUAUUGCGAGUACAGUCGUUACCAACUCCCCACCCCACCGACACUCAUCCGUUCGUAAAAACGACCGGCAGAAAUGGAAAGAAAUGGUUCAAUGGUUCGAACCGUACAAACCCUGACAAAGUCGGUGUUGGCGCCUGAUGCGAAAACGACAAAUCUCGAUAUUAAUGCAACGGUCUCGAGCGUUGUAUGAUCUUAAAGCAUGUAUUGGGCUACUAUAUCACCAGAGUUUUUGAUACCAGGGAUCUGGAUGGGUUAUGCGAUCAACCGUAUGUGAUGAACGAGCUGCAGAUGAAGCCUGAGGUUACAACUAGGUUGUUGGUCUGUGCGUUGCACGUGACCAUCACAUAGUACCUCUGCUGGGAACUCUGGUGAAGGCUUCCCUUUCUUCCAAAAGCGAGAUCCCAUGCUGGGAUCUAUCAAUGCCAAUGAUACAAUCCCUGGAUAUAUUUAUGAGACUUAAUGUCCCACGGAAACCUGUGCGAUGGUUGUACGCGCGAAGCAUGGCACAUUUGAUGCCAUCAAUCACUAAGCCUGGAAUUCCCGCAAGUCCUCGCGAGUUUUCGCAACCGACAUCUCAUUUUUUUGCUUUGGCAUUGCGCUUUGUGAAAAGCAAUAUCUCGUGUGGCUGUUCCUUCGAAAUAAGGCAUCCAAAAAAGCAGGAGUUUCAGACCGGGUAGCAAGACGCCUAAAUCAACACCACUCCCGCAAUAUCAGUCCGAUCGAUUCGAAACUUGAUAUGCAAGCUAUUCAUGGAGUUAAGGCUCAUUCACAAUGAUUUCUCUCGCUGAUGUUCUGAUGGGGCCUUGGGUUUUCAAAAAGUUUGAUGUUGCUUCCUAGUCACCUUCUCCCUCGGCUUUUCUACGCACGCCAACACCCGGAGACAUUCUAAAAUAAAGCGUAAUAGGUGGAUUGAGCACCGGGCCAUCGACUCCACUGUUUC